AUGUCCACCUGGAAAGUGGACGUAGGUCCCCUUUUGCGCUAUGAUACUGUCGAUGCUCAGGGUGUUUACCACGCCUUUGCUUUGAUUGUGACUGAGCAUGAUGCCAAUGAGCAAAUUCGCGCGCCGCCCAUGCUUCAGUACGUCGCUACCGCUGGCAACCAAAAUACGAGCCCCCCUAUGCAGGCGGAGGGUCUGAAGCUUUGGGUGUACAACGACGAGACGCGCAAGUCUCAUGUGUUCUGGCGUUUCAAAAUCGAGAUCCAUAUGAUGGAUGUGCCUCAAGUUGUGGCGUACACGGUGCUCAAUGCGACGGAGCUCCAUGAUUUCCAUGUGCCCGCUCACCAGGAAAACUUCCGCUGGGCUGGCUACUCAUGCAGUGGUUUCAGCUCCAGUGUGGACACAGAGGAAUACGGCGGUCCGGAUCCCUUGUGGAACGACUUGCUAUUGGAGCAUGUGAACAACAAACCGUUUCACAUUUUGAUGGGCGGUGGUGAUCAGGUAUAUAGUGACAAGAUCGCCAACCAGCCGGAGCUGAAGAAUCUGUUCGACCCAGACAAGAUCAAGCAAGGUGAAGACAACAGUGUGACAAUGGAAGCGGCCCUUGCUAUCGACCGCUUCUUUUUCCAGAACUACAAACAGUGCUUUGGCCAAGGUGCCUUUGCUCGGGCUGCCGCACGUAUCCCUAUGGUCAACAUGCUGGAUGACCAUGACUUGAUCGAUGGUUUCGGCACGUACCCUGACAGUCUAAUGGAGUCGUCGUUGUUCAACCGUAUUGGUUCGCGUGGCUACUUCUUCUACCUUCUUUUCCAGCAGUUUAUGAACGAUGAACUGGAUGGCAUCAGUAACGAAAACACGACCAACCCGAACCCAUCGCAGUUCAAGUCGCUGAUUAUCGGUGGCCCCGGUGCGUACAUUCCGUUCCCUGCACACAGCUUCCUGGUCUGGCUAGGUCCUAAGCAGCACAUGUUGCUUUUGGACUGUCGUGCGCAGCGUAAGCUCAAUCAGAUUUGCACACAGCAGACAUAUGACCGCUGCCGUGAAGCCAUGGAAGCUAUGCCGAAGUCUGUCAAGCACCUCAUUGUGCAGUUGGGUGUACCGAUCUCGUACCCACGCAUGGUCUUCCUGGAGAAGAUGCUGGCUAGCAAGUACAACCCGGUUGUGAACCUGGUGAAGGCGUGCAUGCCGGCAUUUACGAACAACUUCAAUGGUCAGGUCGAACUGCUGGACGAUUUGAACGACCAUUGGUGUGCGCAUGGACACAAGCACGAACGUAACCGCCUCGUGGAACAGACGCAAAAGUUCUCGCAGCAGAACAGGGUGCGUGUGUCGUUCAUUAGUGGUGAUGUGCAUGCAGGCGGCUGUGGCUACUUCUACUCAAGCUCGAACAUACGCCCUGAGAAUGACUACAAGUACAACUUGGCUCUCAUUACAAGUGCGAUUGUGAACGCCCCACCGCCGCCGGCUGUCAUUGCCAUACUCAACAAGCUGGCUGCGAAGCGUCAUCGCAGUCUGCAGUACGCACAUACACGCGAGGGUAUGAUCCCAAUGUUUGAAUAUGGCUUGGACGACGAGAAGUUGAAGCAAAAAUACAUCAUCGGUGCUCGCAACUGGUGUGCAGCGGAAUACAACGAGCAGAAGGACGAGAUUGUGUUUGAGCUGCGUGUCGAGAAGGCAAAGGGCUCAGGCCGCGUCAAGUCGUACUAUGUCACAGCACCUGCGCCGCUGUUCUAA